AUGGAGACAGGGAUCAGAACUGCCUCCAGAGCAGAAGAGGAGAAAGAUCCUCCUGCUCAGAGGAAGUUAUCAACAGCAGGUGGUGGUGACCUGGGACCUGAGUGCUGCAAAUGCAAAGGUCUGAUCAACACCCGAAGCGUAAUGGUGGAGACCAAGGAAGGACGGGUGUCAGUGUACUCGGCUCCACAGUAUCAGGGCCAUGUGGUGGUCAAUUAUUCCCCUGAGCAUGCAGGUCAGGACAGAAAUGGGACACGGAUAAGUGGGCACCAUCCGCAACUGCUCAACCCCAGUGCCUUGCCCCAGGCUCUGGACCCUUUUUAUAAGCCCAACCUCAUCCUGUACCCAGAAGGAGUGCUGAGAGUGUGGGGGGAGGGAAGCGACUGCUGCGAGACCACGUUCAUUGAGGAUAUGGCUCCUGCCAACUCCGCUGCUACCGUUACUAAAGAUGGACUCGUGCUCACUGACAACAAAUUCCUGGAUUUAUCGAUGGAGGAUACCAAGAUUCAUACACUGUCCUAUGAUGUGGAUGAUGACGAUGAGUUUCAAGAGCUGGAGAGUGAGUACUCAAGUGACUCAGAGAGUGAGGACAACUUUUUGAUGAUGCCCCCGCGAGACCACCUGGGCCUCAGUGUCUUUUCAAUGCUGUGCUGCUUCUGGCCCCUGGGCAUUGCUGCCUUCUACCUGUCUCAUGAGACUAACAAAGCAGUAAAUAAAGGGGACUUUCACCAUGCCAGCUCCAGCUCCAGACGUGCUCUCUUCCUAGCUGUGCUGUCCAUCACCAUUGGUACCGGCAUCUACGUUGGCGUAGCAGUGGCUCUUAUUGCAUACCUUUCCAAGAACAACCACUUGUAG